GAAAAGUUGCUCAAAGUUGCGUUUUGAUUUUCUAAUAUGUAACCGAGUAUUUUUUUCAAGCAAUUGUUUGACGGACGUUAUCUCAUGUGGUUCGAAUUGAUCGGUUGAACUUACCGACAAUCUACAUAUAUGAUAUUGUGGCUUCGUAGACCUUCAGUUGAACCACCGACAAUCUACAUAUAUGAUAUUGUGGCUUCGUAGACCUUCAGAGGCUUCAUUUGGGAGAGCCAAAGCUUUCAGUCUCCAUUUUGGCAUUGAAGUGUAACAUAAUUGAAUAUUAGCAUACUAGCUGCAUAUAUAUUCAUUCAGUAACUAUCAUAUUUGUAAAAAAAAAACUAUGGGCUUAGGUUUGAUGUAAUGUUUUUAGCCAGCUCAGCGUGUCAUUUUUUCUUCGCUGGACGCAAUCUAGUUUAUUUCGAUUCAAAUUUUAGGUUUAUUAUGUUUUACGACCCCACUCAGCCGACAAAUUCACCCGAAGCGUCGCCUGUUAGGGAUAAAACUGUUCACAUGUCGAGGGACUCAAAAUAUAACACAGGUCAACCUCCACAGAUGAUAAACUUUAAAAUUAAAACCUCGCGCGUUUCUGCUAAUCGGUUAGUAACUGUUGACGGUGGUUCCCCGCCGAGAGCUGAAAACAACGAUUUAAAUAAUAAAAGCGGCUUGUCGGAGAUUUCUCCGGUUGCGCCUUUCAGUGAUAAUGGUGUCAUAGUCAGGCCUUUAAACAUGCCAGGAACUGGAAAAGGAGACAUAUUGUCGAUAUCUCUAGCAUCUGAAAUAGAUCAAACGGAGAAUUUUGAUGUUGAUAAUGAAACAAAACUUCACGAAAACGAUGAUCGACGUUCUAAACAAUCGACACGGUCGCGUAGCCGAAGCAAUAAACGGAGGACUAAAAGCAAACACAAACGCGAAACUUCAAAUAGAUCACGGUCUGUUAGUCGAAAGCGAGAUAGAUCGACUCCCAGAGAUAGUUCGAGACGGAGUAGAAAACACAGCAGAAGCAAAGAUCGACAUAAAAGUAGAAAGAAUAGAAGUAACAAAAGGAGAAGCAGAUCUUCUUCUCGGGCUAAGAGGAAGUCAAUUUCUCCUGUCCGCGAUGAAGAGCGCCUCUUAAAGUCCUCUAAAAAGGAACGAAAACGAGAAAAUGAUGAUAGAAAGAGCAGAAGUCGUUCUAAAAACGAAGACUCAAAGCAGUCGAAACAAAAAAGAAGAAAAAAAUCGCCCUCGUCCGCGAGAGUGAAUAAAGAGGUUUUAAAUCCAGUCAGUUUCGAAGAAGGUUUAGAGGAUGAAACCACGAAAGUGUCCAGGAAAUCGGAAAAAGAAGCAAAACUAGAUCAGAAAGUUGAAAAACGAGUGAUUUCUAAAACAGAUUACAACGUUGAGAAAGUAAAGAAGAGAGAUAAAACGUUCGAACAAGAAUUGACAUGCGAAAGAGUUGCUUCAAGAGUCGAGAAGUAUCGAAAAGAGGUCCUUGGAGAUGAGAGUUUGAAUGAAUCGAAAGAUUCUCAAGAUGAUCAGAAAGUGGUUCCAGAGACAGAAAGAAUUGACAGGAGUGAAAAGAAAAGGAAAAGUAAAUCGCAUAAGGAAAAACGGCAAUCGUCACAGGAGAACGAAACGAGAAGUAAACGAAAAGAAAAAUCGGACAAAGAAGAAAAUGAAGAUGCAAAUGACGAGUACUUGUCCAAAAAAAGACGUGACGAUAUAAAAGAAUCGGAAAAAGAUUCUAUCCAAAAAACUGAAAAAUUGAAGGAGAAUGAGAAUACCGAAAAUGAAGUAGCUAAAACUCCAGAUGAAAAAAAUGAAUAUAACAAGACCGAGAUUGACAACGACAGAAAGGCUGAAAACAAAAAUAAUGAAGAAGAUAUUGAUUUCGACAACACUUUCUUGAGUAAAAGUGACCCACAACUUCAAGAGUCUUUUGAACUACGCAAAGAUGUAGCAAAAAAUGAGAAAGUAUCUGAAAUUGAAAAUGUUUCUAAAUCAAAUGUGCAAUUCAUACCUAAACAAGUUAAGAAAAAACCACUGAAAGAAAACAAAGAAGGUCAAGUUCAAGCGAAUGCCGAAGCAAAAACAAGCCCAACACCAGUGGAAAAAUCUGAAGUUGCCGAAAGCUCGGAAACGUUAGACGAAAAAACUGAAGAUACGGAGAAGAUCGAAGAUUUACAAGCCGAUAAACAAAUAAUCGAUGACAAGGAUUGUAGCGAAAACGGACGAGCAGAUCAAGAGAUUAAAGGCAAGAAGAAAUAUGACAGUCAAUCAGCAGAAAAAGUAAAGAAGGAGGAUAAGUCAAUCAAAAAACCGAAAACGGAAUCGAAAAGGUCCUCUAAAAGACGAUCUAGAAGCUCAUCAAGAAAACGAUCGCGUCACGAAAGAUCGCCAAAGCGAAAGCAACAAAGAUCGAAAUCACGUGAGACGAAAAAACGAGAUCGACUUUCUCGUUCUAGGUCUAGACGAAGAAAGCUAUCAAGGUCUAGAAGUAAUUCUCGAAACGUCACAAUGCGUUCUAAGCGACGGUCCAGGUCAUUGAAUCAUCGCUCAAGGUCAACGAGUCGUCGUCGCUCGAAAGUUGUCGUGGAACGACCACGAAGGUCGAGAAAUAGUAGUAGAAAGCGUGAAGUGUCUAAUUUAAGUUCAGGCUCAAAUAGAAGUGGAAAGAAAAGCAUGCCAAAAGUAUCUCAAGAGUCUUCGAAUCCGAAAUCUAACGACUAUAGAAAUCCAAUCAAUGUGUUGAUGUUAGAGAAUAUUUCCUCUAAAGGAACGUUAGAUACAACUGGAGGCGAUUUGCAGCUGGAUAAAUCAGCUGGACCUCAUUCUAUAACAGGAGACGAGAAAGAUAAAGAGCUCUCGAAAGAGCAUCACGAAGAUCCACAGUGGACUGCCGUCUCCGAUUUCUUUUCGGAAAAUCUCCCCAAAACUCCGAAAACCGUGGGAAAUAUAACUAGAGAUGAUAAACUAGAUGGUGAUAGUAAAAAAUUAUUGGCUCCUAAUUUUGAUUUUGGUCUUGGAAAUUUGCCAACUGUUAUUAAUGACGAUUUUACGGGUCUAAAAGUGAAGAAAAUAGUUGACGAAAAAGUGCAAUGUUGGUCUGAUUUGAAAAAGAGUUCAAUUGACCAAUGGCUGGACAAAUCAACCAGUAGCGCAUCAGUAAUGACAGCCAAGAGUGCCCAGGUUCCAAUGAUGACACCCCCGAUGCCAGGUCAGAUUCCGCCUCCGUUAUCAGGUUUACCGAUGCCACCCAAUUUCCAAGACUUCCUGAAGCAACAAAUGCUCCCGAGAGGAGGAAGUUCAAGUGGCUUACCCUUCCCGCUGCCCCCUUUUAUUCCUUCAUUUAUACCGCCUCCAACUUUUCUACCACCGCCAAUGCCAAUCGCAGGUUCCUCUGGAGCUACACAUACCGGUUUCACGGCUCCGCCUGUGACGUCGAUGGCUAGCAUGGGAUUCCCAGGCAUGAGUGCAAGUAGUCUUACUGGAUCGACCUUACACAUGACUUCCACGCCUAAUGCCAAGUCCUCGUUUUCACCCAGUGCAGUACUAAAUCAGUCACAACAAUCUACAGAUGCUAAAAGUUCAGAACCGAAAACACCUUUAAAAGACGAACAGAAUUCACACAAUAGUAGCCAAGCUUUUGGAUUCGAACAACUAGUGCAAAAAAUAUUACCAGCUGAAAAUACGCCAGUACUAGCGGCUAAAUCUUUGUCAGUGACGACUGAAAUGUCCAAAACACAACACAAGCAUCAGCAACAACCAGAAACUUUGAUCCCGACCCCGCCUUCGAGUAAGCCUCCCGAUAAAGAAAAAUCGCCUCCUCCCAUGCCUUCUCCGUCGUACACACCCUCGCUGUCUCCUAUCGCGAAUGAACAGCAAGAAGCCGAAGAGCUUGAAGCCGAAAAUAUGUCAGAAAUUAACAACGAAAAACAAGAGGCUAAAUUGAAAUCGGUCACAAACAUGCAAGGAACCUUGCAAAAUCUCCAGGAACUUCUGAGCAACAUCAAAGGCGACUCUCAUCUAAAGAAUCUGAAUGAUUCUUCUAAAAUUGAUCAAUCACACGAAGAUGCUAUGCUUCCUAUAGGCGUGUCGGUAAAUGAGUUCACGCCGCCUAGGUUGGAUGAUGAUGACGAUGUUACACCUUCGACUACUGAUAAAUUGAGAGACCUGGAAAAACUGUUCCCGCCGCCUCCUGGGUCGAGUGGCUCAACCACUGUGAGUCCAAUGAAAAAGGCGACCAAGCCGCAGCCGAUGCCCGUCUUGAAUAAGGCGGAUCAGAAACAGCAAAUGCAAGAACGAGUUGCAGCCUUAGCGAAGAAGUAUCUUAAACCUUUUUACACGAAAAAUAAAGUGGAUAAAGAUCAGUACAAGCAUAUAAUGCGAAGAGUCGUGAACAAGUGCACAGAAGGCGUGCGAAAUAAAGAAGUGAAAGCUGAAAAAGUGAAAAAACUAGUUGCUAGCUAUGUGUCACACAUGGAAGUCAAAGGAAAGCAUUGAAGAAACUCAAUAUAAAACUGAAACUUUGAACAAAUGAUUAAUAAUAUUGGUCCCAAUAUUUAGCUUAGUCUUGUUCCUUCUGAAUAUAAUUGUGAUUGUUGGCCCCAAAUUUAUUCAAACUGUUAUGAAUAAUUUAUUACGAGCAAAUAUAAUUUCCGUCUGA